AUGGUCAGCAUCACCCACCACCUCCUACACAACGCCGAAACAGCGCAGCUCUACAGAAAUGCCACACAGAGCAACUACCUCCGCCUCGCAGGCCAAGGCAAGCUCCCCAAAGAUGACCUUUCAAAAUGGCUCUCCCAGGAUCGACUGUAUGCGCAAGCAUACACGCGCUUCAUCGGCGGGCUGAUAUCGCGCCUGCAUCUACCCAUGAGCUCGCAGCGCGGCACCGUGGACACGCUCGAGUGGCGGGUCCUGGCUAUGCUGCAGGGCGCGCUGGAGGGAAUCAUGACGGAGCUGCAAUUCUUUGAGAAGACGGCCAGGGAGUACGAUCUGGACUUACAGGCCUGCUCUGCUUGCAGCAGCAGUCAGGGGGCGACGGAUUUCCGGCCGGAUGAUGUGACGAAGAGAUACAUUGACCUGUUCGACUCGUUCGGUGGUGAGGCGAAGAAAAAUGCGGGGGCGCAGCACAAGUCGCUAAUUCAGGGUUUGGUGCUGCUGUGGGCGACCGAGAAGGUGUACCUGGAUGCGUGGACGUAUGCGAAGGAGCAGGGUGGUGCGGAUGCGAUUGCAAAUGGGGAUGACGACUUGGACGGGGGGGCGCUGAGGAGGCAUUUCAUCCCUAACUGGACUAGUGAUGAGUUCAAGCGCUUCGUCAAGGAGAUACAGGAGUGUGUAGAUGCUUGCGCUGCUGCGUAUAGUGCUGAAGACGAGGUGGAGAAGAUCGCUAUGGAGGUCUGGAGGGACGUCCUUGUGCUGGAGGAAAGCUUCUGGCCGUCUGUCAAGUCACGGAAGGAAUAA